AUGGACAAUCAUGAUCGAGAGGUUGAACUGCCAGGAUGGGAACGUGUAAAGCGCCUAAGAAUAAGCGAAUACUUGGACCAAACGAAAAUAACAGCACUUAAAGUUCCCCAGGACUUUUGCAAGACCAAAGCUUUUCUGAUUAUUGCCGUUUGCUCCAGCCUGAAUCAUUUUGCUCAUCGAAAGGCUAUCCGGGAAACCUGGGGAAAUACCAAGGUAUUUAACUAUGAAGAAUUUCAUAAGCUACAUGGUCACCUCGAUGGGAAUUACCUGCCAAUACUGCCAGAACGUUUGAAGCUUUACGCCGAUUACCUGAGUGUUCUGCCUAACUCCCUGAUCGCCAAUAUACGGAUUGUUUUUAUCGUGGGUCGAUCUAGUAAAGGUAACAGACAGAAGGAUGAUAGGUUAUCAAGAGAAUCGAAUCAUUACAAUGAUAUCAUUCAGGAGAACUUUAUAGACAGUUACCACAACCUUACCCUAAAGUCAGUAAUGGCUCUAAAGCACAUCAGCCAAAGUUGCGCAGAAACCACCGCCUUCUUCCUCAAAUGUGACGAUGACACCUUUGUUAAUGUGCCAAAUCUACUACAUUUCCUGUUGGGCGGUACAAUUCCACUGUACAAGGAUACGGUGGGAUAUCACUACCGCACCAACUACAAAGUGAAGUCGCCCUGGAAUCGUAUGAACUCCAGCAGGGAAGUGAUGUAUGGCAAUAAGUUCUGUAAUAUGUAUGCUGACAACAAUGUAAGGAGUCCCUGGUACAUGCCGAAAUAUAUGUUUGAAGGCAAAAGGUACCCGAGCUAUCUUUCUGGGUCAGGAUAUCUCUUAUCAAUCGACGUCGUUCAGCGGUUGUACAAGGAAGCUCUCACAACAUCUCUUGUGCACUUGGAAGACGUCUUCGUUACUGGUAUUUGUGCACAGCGCGCGGGGAUUCAGCGGCGACUCCAUCCACUCUUCAACUAUGUUCAUGGAAAGUCAAAAUGUAUUUUUAAGGGAACUAUUACUAUGCAUCCGAUGUAUGGAAACACAAUGUUGGAGGCUUGGAAUUUUGUAUCAAACUAUAGCAUAAAAUGUCCAUCGCCAGCUAAGAACACCAUCAAAUAUCAACUAAUAAUGAAAUCGCACUGUUAACAUGUUAACAACAUUAACGC